CGGAAAAGAAAUUGCGUUCAAGGCAAGGCAAUAGCAGUUUAUGUAGCAAUCUACCGUGCCUCUUCCCGUUUUCUUUGGGCCGUGUGACGUUGCAAAUAAGGGCCCUUAUAACAACCAGCCUCAUUGAGAGCCACUAAGCACUACCAAGUAAUAAAGCUUCAGCCCCAACUAUAAUAAUAGUGCGCCGGACGACCCACCAAACCAGUCGCCCACACGAUGGAAGUGGACAAAGACGACAAAGACGACCUAGGGGUGGCGGGUAGCGGGCUCCUAGGGGCGGCUGGGUCCGAUGACGUGGGCGUAACAGAAGGCUCGGCCGCCCUCGGUGGGCCGCUCCAAGACGAGAAAGACACCCAAAGCAGCGAGUUCGUGCUCCGAUCCGAUAGUGUGCGGUCCUACGCUGAAAGCAUCGGAUUGAGCACCAAUCAGAUCGGCGAAGAGGCCGUCAAGGAUCUGACCCACGAUCUCACUUUCCGUCUGAGGCAAAUCCUGCAGGAUGCCAGCCGAAUCAUGUUCCAUGGUAAACGUGAAUACCUCAUGGCCAAAGAUAUCGACAUGGCUUUGAAGGCCUCGGGUCUGGAACCACUUUAUGGUUCAGUGGCCGGAGAACACAUUCCAUUCCGAUUUGCUUCCGGAGGCGGGCGAGAAUUGCAUUUUGGCGACGACAAGGAAAUCGAACUAACCGAUUUGAGCGCCGCACCCAUCCCCAAAGUGCCCAUGGGCGUGAGUUUACGGGCCCAUUGGUUGGCCAUUGAAGGUGUGCAACCGGCCAUUCCGGAUAAUCCUCCGGCUCAAUCCAAAGACCAACUUCAACAAGAAUCAUCGAAUCCUUUGACCAAGCUCAACAAUCCGGACGCGAAAGAAAACAAGCUCUCCCAAGUCCUUCAAUCCAAACCUACCAAGCUCAAGAACAUGGAGACCGUCAAUGUGAAGCAAUUGGCUACUCACGAAUUGAGUGUGGAACAACAGUUAUACUAUAAAGAAAUCACCGAAGCCUGCGUAGGGUCGGAUGAAGGUCGCCGAGCUGAGGCUCUUCAAAGUCUGGCUUGCGAUCCAGGAUUGCAUCAAAUGUUGCCCCGACUCUGCACCUUCAUUGCCGAAGGCGUUCGAGUCAAUGUGGUCCAACACAAUCUGGCCAUUCUCAUCUAUUUAAUGCGCAUGGUGAAGUCUUUAUUGGAGAAUCAAACCCUUUUCCUCGAGAAAUACCUCCACGAACUCAUACCGGCCGUUAUAACUUGCAUUGUUUCUCGGCAGCUUUGCACCAGACCAGAUGUGGACAAUCAUUGGGCGCUGAGGGAUUUCGCCUCUCGGCUGAUGGCCAACAUUUGCAAAAACUUCAAUACCUCCACGAAUAGUGUUCAAAUCCGUAUUACAAGAAUGUUCAGCGAAGCCAUGAAGAACGUGAAGUCCCCAUUGGUGGCCCAUUAUGGCGCCAUUGCUGGACUUCAAGAGCUCGGACCUGAGGUCAUCAAAGUGUUCAUCGUGCCUCAUAUCAAGUACAUCGCCGACAGAGUGGAUCAGGCCAACGAUCCCAAUAUCAUGGCCAGUUCGAUGGGUAACAUCGACAAGAUUGCCGCCACGCACAUUCGAAAUCUCAUCAUCAAGAGUGUCAGUCCAGUCUUGAAAGGCAUUCGACCACCCCCUGAUAUUCUCGAAGAGUAUAAAGCAGAAUAUGGAUCGUUCGGUCCGUUAUUGCAUGCGGCGGUCACACGAUUACGUCAAAGUAGCAAAACCUCGUCCAGCUCCUCUGGAUCAGCAUCGGGUUCAUCAUCGGGUGGGGUGGGUGGAAACGUACCCUCGGCCCGUUCUGUGAUGCCAGGUUCGAAUCCCGUCAUGGGACAACCAGGCAAUCAGCAACCUCGCAUCUAUGUGAUGAGUACAAAUGCCACCUCGGGCGUCCAGAAUACACCAGUCCAAAUGGUUAUGAGUCCAACCGUGGGUACGCCUUCGCCCACAAAUGCCAGCGGACAGCCGAGAAUGAUGAUCCAAACGCCAGGGGGCGGAGUUCAAGGCGUUUUCAUCCAACCCCAAAAUCCUCAAUAGAAUUUCUGUUUGGGAUCCGACGAAUCCAAAUAUUUACAAGCUACCUUCUCGUGUCUGUAUAAUAUAUGCGAAAUCCUGUUAUCAAUCAUAUUGCGAAAUGAACCCCAAACUACGAACA